UAGAAUGUGUGUACGUAAUGGCGCUGCAGUAGAGUGGGUUUCUAUUUCUCAUGUAAACAACACUAACAUCCACCCGCUUGUUCAUGAUACUGACAGGACACAGGAGAAGAACAGCCGAAUUUUAGGGCAUGUCUUUUUUCGCAUAAAGGGUCUUUUAUGUGAACAGAGCCAUGUCUAUGGAAGACCCGUUUUUUGUUGUGAAAGGGGAGGUUCAGAAGGCUGUGAACACUGCCCAGGGUCUGUAUCAGAGAUGGACCGAGCUGCUGCAGGACCCUGGCAGUGCCACUAAGGAGGAGAUCGACUGGACCACCAAUGAGCUGAGGAACAGCUUGAGGUCUAUCGAGUGGGAUCUAGAGGACUUAGAUGAGACCAUUAGUAUUGUGGAAGCAAAUCCACGGAAAUUCAAUCUUGAUUCCAUGGAGCUAAACAAGCGGAAAGCUUUCAUCACCAGCACAAGGCAGACUGUCAAGGAGAUGAAAGAUCAAAUGGCAAGUCCAAUGGCCAUGUCUGUGUCAGACAAGAAAAGCAGACAGACUCUGAUGGGAGAAGGUGGGUCUCGUGGACCGAUCUGGCAACCAGGAGGAGAUAAAUACACACGUCUAGAUCGAGAACUGCAGUCAGCCAACUCUCAGUUUAUUGAUGAGCAGCAAACUCAGCAACAGCUCAUAGCGGAUCAGCAGGAUGAGCAGUUGGAGCUGGUGUCAGGGACCAUUGGUGUAUUAAAGAACAUGUCUGAACGGAUUGGACAGGAGCUGGAUGAACAGGCAGUAAUGUUGGAUGAUUUUUCUCAUGAGAUGGACAACACUCAGUCCAGGUUGGAUAACGUGAUGAAGAAGCUGGCUAAAGUUUCACACAUGACUAGUGACCGGCGACAGUGGUGUGCUAUUGGCAUUUUGUUGGCCAUCCUGUUCGUUGUGAUCAUCCUCCUCAUUGUUCUGUGAAGAGCACUCUGUUCCUGACCACCACAGCUUUCCUCAUUCCAAACGAAGAAUUGACUAAAACAAAGGUGCUUUAAGGAAAGGAAAUGGCCUUCAUCUCCACUCAUUCAGUCCUACUCUUACCUGCUGAAUGUUGCGCUUUCUUCUGCCACUCCAAAUACUACCUUUCUGGUACUUCAGCCUGUUUAGCUGUAAAUAUAUUUUAUGUUUUUUUUUUUUGUUUUUUUUUUUAAGUGUUUUGGCAAAACCUAAGCUCAGUGGGCUUACAGUUGUACGUCACUUACAUUUUCUGUAAGUGUGUUAGAAGUCAAAUGAGAAAUUAGUGUUCAGAGUCGGGGUAAAACUCAUCAGUCUUGCUACUUUUACCUUUUUGUGUUAUUAAUGCUUCAGAGGGCUUUAUUGAAGUUAUAUUGGGCUUAUUUUCCCAGGAAAAUUCUAGCGCUAAAAUUUCAUCAUUUGCUUUCUGUCCUGCUUGAUAGCUGGUUUAUCAUGUAUACCUGCAGCAUAGGUGCUGAGAAUUUAUCCAUCACCAGGAUAUCAGCACUGACCCUUUUCUCAUGAUGGACAGAGAAAAGGCGGCUGACAAAGUGUACAUGUCAACAGACGGAUUACAGCAUACAGAGUGACCUGUAUGCUGGAUCUAUCUGAUAAAAUGGCCAGUAAGUGUAGGUAGAUGUACCUAAUGAUGACCUAACAGCUCAGAUGCGACUAUGUCUCUAUUGAUAACUAAUGAAGUUAAAGAUGUACUGAACACUGGGGUAUCUCGUUUCGGAGCCAGAUUUAUUUUCGAAGCAGGUAUUAUAUUAACAGCACUAACAAUAAGUUAACCACUUUCUACAUCACUUUCUAAAUGCUUUCUACUUUAUUUUUGUCCUGUCUCAGUUUGUAGAGAAUUUAUUUCAGGCUGAAUGAGAUUGACUGAAUGAGCUUGACUGUAACCUAUUUACUCUCAGCAUGUUUGCUUGUGAGGUCAGUUGUAACUAAUAUAGAACUUGACAAUUAGCAGAAAAUUAAUGGUCCUGCUGUAUAAAGAUCAAUUUGCUUCAAGUGAUGCUGCAGAGCGAUAACUACAUCUGCUUGAUUUAAAAACACUCCUGCCGGGCAUUUUCCCCUGAACCGUUUUCAUAUUGCAUGGAGGUGCUUCGGCUCAAAGGCACUUAUUCCUAGCAGGAGGAAUGCUGAAAUUCAUGAAAAUAAACAACAAAAACACUGAGGCAGUUUAAGACAGUUCAUGAACUAUCUUUACACAUGAAUAACAACUUUAUAGGUUUAAACACUACUUUAUUUUCAUCCCUUUACCUCAUUUUAGUAAUUGCAGCACUGCUGCUCUGACAAAGUCAAAUGUGAAGAAAUUGUUUGCAGUUAAAUCUAAAAUCAGCCUUAUUCAGCUCAAUUUAUUCUGCAUGGAAAUUCAUUUUUAUCCGUCAUACUGUUCAGCUAAAUAAAACAAUAGUUGUGCACAUUUCAGUUCUGUCUUUCAGACUUUAUACAGUAUACUCUAAAAGCUUAUAGAUGACACAAACAUCUCAAAACUAUAUAGGCAUUGCUGUUUAAGGAGAAUUAAUAACUAUUCCUAAUGCAAAAAAGACUAAAAUACAUUGACAUUGUGCCUUUUUCCACUGCAGCUACCAAAAAUAUUUACACCAGAAAACAUUAAUAAAAUUAAUCAGUAGCCACUUUAAACAAUGCGAGUCUUCUAACCUGGCCAGUUUAAGUUAAUUGGAUCUUUCGCCAUGUUAAAAACAGCAACAGCAAACUGUGGGCAGCAAAAACACCGUGGAAUGUCUUUCUCUUUUCCAGCUUCACUGUGAAAAUUCCAGUUAUUUUUUUUAAUUUGGUGAAAAUGAACCAGCACCCUGCUGAACAUAAUUUCUCUUUUAGCUCCAGGUCAAUCAUAAAGCAUUGUGUGGAAUAGAAUUCAGCUUGCCCACAGACAUGUUUAAGCUAGGUUUAUAAAUAGUUGUCAAUAACAUGAUCAUGGAUCAAACCAUUGGUACACAAGGUGGUGAAUUUUACCAUCGCCAGACAAUCAGAGACACAUUCUGAAAUCAAGAGAAAACAUUUCGUCCAUAACCGAGAUGCAGGAUUUGGUAAUACUGUAAAGUUUAAUUCAAACAAGAUUUAUCUAUUGAGCUAGUAAUUGUAACAAAAUCUAAAUAGACUUAAAGUCGGAUCUCAAUCUGUCAAGUCCAUUUGCAUUCAGAUUCUCUCAAUGACUAAAAAAAUUAUAAAGUUUAAUGUUACAUUAAAGGUAAAGACAUUUAUGUAUUAGGUCAAUAAUCUUAAUCUUUUUACACUAGAUGGCUAUAUGCAUGAUGUAGGUGUACACUAUAGAAAGGCUAAUAAAGGCCCGUUUUUUAACAGUAGUGCUCAUUUGCAUUGACAGUAGACUCUAUUAGAGCUUACAUUGUACUGGCUCCUGCUUAGGCUUAUUUCCCUAAAUAUGCAGUGGAAAAACACCCAUUGUUGUGUAUUUUACAAAUUCAUUUCUCCAGUCCUUGCUCAAAACGUGAGGGCUCGUUUUGUAUCCUGUUACUGUGUUAAUACGGUCACAUCAUCCAGGAAAAGCUUCUUAAACUCCUUAAAGAAGACAUACAUGUCUUUCUAUAGCCUGAAUAGAUUAUAGUGACAUUUUUUGGCAUGUUUUAUUUGCUAGAUUUCAACUUGCACAGUACCAUAUCAAAGUAUUGACCAAACGCCGCUGUGAAGUUCAGAACACUACAUAGCUAGUGCCUUAGUAUCACACACAGAAGGGAGGGAAAAAAUGUGUUUUUAUUUUCUGCCAUAAGAAUUAUCUACCAUUUUAGAAAGAAAUCUUUGUGGGAUUCCUCUCUAUACUCUCAUUUGCUGAAUCUGAAUCAGAGAAAUUGGUUCAUGUGUCAUUAGGUUAGGUUUAGUUCUACACUGUACGUAAUUAAAUGAAUCAAAAACAACUUUAGCUGAGGAGGUUGUGUACAUCUGAGAGUUAAUUAUUUAUCAGAAAUCCAGAAUAAAUGUUACCGAACCUUUGCAAAUUGUGCAUAGAAAUCACAAAGAUCACCCGAGCAGGGAGAACACCACGCUAGUGUUAACUAAGGCAUUAGAUAACUAUUCCUCUAACUUGUCUUUUUGCUUGCUGAUUCAGUCAGUUCGAUUCAGAGUCUAAUUGCUUUCUCAGAACCAUGCUAGAUCUCAUUUGGACCUCCAUCAAGACCGGUUGUUUUGAUUUGUUUGAUUCCUGUGUUGUCAUCUGCCUGAAGAACACAGCAGGGUUCCAUUCAGAUAGACUAUAUAGACACUGCAUAUGUGACCUUAAAGAAAAAAGGUUGAAUCUAGAAUCCUUUAAGUAGAUUGGCUAACUCUUAAAGGUUCUAUUAAAAACCUUCAUCAGAGUGUUUUCCUGUCAGUUUCACAUAGAAAACAUUUACGGCUCUGAAUAACUGUACAAAAACUUCUGUUUAAGAGUGAAGGAGGGAACUUCCUCCUUUCCUAUCUGCUGCUGCAUACGUGCAUGUUAGAUUCAGUAUUGUCACAAAAUAUCUCCGCAAUCAAUUUUCAUAUUUUAUCCUUUGUGUAAACAGCGAUAUAAAAUACUUUUAUCAUGUUCUUAUUCAUGUUGACGUUCCGUUUAUUAUUUGUUUUCAGUUACUCCGAUUUUAAGUAUAUAUCAUGAUGGAAUUUUGGGUAAACUUAGAGAAAGUCUUAUUUCUGUACCCCCAAACUAUACAGAAAUGUUCACUGAGCUGGUGAGCAUGAAGAGUGAUCAUCACGCUGUUGUAUAAAGUACCACUAAAGACAGAAACCCACUGUAAAGUAAAAAAGAAAUUGCACAAUCACGUGACUGUGGGCUGGUGACGGGGUGGAGAGAAUAUGGUAGCGAAUGGGCUUUUAUUAAUCCGUAUAGUUUGUUAAAUUUGAUUGUUAGUUUGAUGUUUGUUUACUGUGUGAGAAUGAAAUGAUAUCCUGUUGUUUCCCUUUGACCAUCAACUUCCCUUUAUGAAAUUUUCCCCCAUCAUCCCUGUGUGCAAUUGAGUUCCCUAUGAAUCUUAUUAAAUGCAGAUUGCUGCUCAAUGUC